UAUAUAUAUACACAUAUGUAUAUAUAUUAUAUAUAUAUGUAAUAAUAAUAUCGUCGUUCGCGCCUCGGUUUUGUUACGACGAAUUUUGUGUGAUCGAUCGAAUAUAAACAAACAAGUUUUUUACGACCUCGUCCUUCACCUCUGAUCAACGAAAAUUUUCUACGACUGUUGGAACAUAGAAAAUAUACGUUUGUUAUUAAUCUUCACGGACAUAAAAGAAAAAGAGAAGGAAGAAGAAGAAGAAGAAGAAGUAGCAGCAGUAGUAGAAGAAGAGAAAGAAGAGAAAUAAUAAGAAGAAGAAGAGGAAGGAAGAAGAGGAGGAAGAAGAAGAAAAAAAACAGUGAGAGUUUGGUGAUGUGCGCGAAAUCAACGAAACCAGCAGCAUUCACGAUGUCGUCGUUCCUCUGGAUCUUCGCCCUGCUUUAUCCAUCGAUCAUUCAAGGUAACAAAACGUUCUCGAUUCAGCGUGUUAAUCUAAUAGAAGGAAACGACGGGAUGAUUAUUUCAGCAACAAGACCGCCAAUAGUCGACAUCGAACCAAAGGGCCAAGCGGUAGUACGUUUGGGUGAUAGUCUAAGGAUCAUGUGUACGAUGGGUUCGCCAUUGCAAAUCUGUCGCGUUGAGAUACACGGUGAAAGCAGCAUGAUUCUCAGGCCGAAUCAAUCAUCGGACGAUGGUAUCGAGUAUUAUGGGGAGGGUACUAAUAAAGGUCAAUGCGGUGUGCACAUCUUUAAAGUGAAGGAGCAACACAAUGGAAUCUUCAGGUGUGCUUUAACACCGGAAGAUCGUCGUGUAGAGAGCAACGCCAGCGUUAACAUAGUCGUUGCUAAACCACCAAACAAUCCAGAACUACAUACGAGUCUAGGACACUAUGGUAGAUACGAAUAUCAAAAAGGACAAAAAUUGGAGAUCAGCUGUAGUGCCUCUGGUGGACGACCAGCUGCAAACGUAUCUCUAUAUCUUGACGACGAACCACUUGGCAAUGACGAGAGACCAAUCAUCUAUGAAGACUCGAACAUGAACGAAGUAUCUAUCGCAGUACAAAAUGCUUCACGUAGCUUGGAUUGGACCGAUAACAGCAAGACUUUAAGAUGCAUAGCCAAUCAUAUCGCUUUGGAUAAACCAAAAGAGAGUAAAAUGCAGCUUCAAGUUUACUAUCCGCCACAACCACAACCGGUCAUCGAACAUUUUGGAUACGUAAUCGGCCAAAAAGGUACAGUAAACGUAACAGUUUACGCUAAUCCAAGGCCACGUUUCUUAUGGCGAGUAAAUGGCGAGAAAAUCGAAGAAGGCCGUCCAGAUGAAAGCAAUCGUCUUGAAACAUCCACUGCCGUAGAGUUGGGUAACGGCGCGUGGCUCGUAGUAUUAACUAUCGAUAGCGUUCAAAAGUCCGACACACAGAAGGAAUACAUCUUGGAAGCUCACAACAAGGAAGGAGCUUACGAAUACCGUAUCGUUUUGUCAACGUCCCCAGAACCAGCAGGAGCGUUCAGUCACUUCUAUGGUAAGCUCUCCGAACACAUGCACGCACUAGCGGAAAAAGUCACCGAUUACGUGGAACUUGUAAAGCAACGUUUUUCCGUUGAGUCCAACUUAAACAGUGUCGAUCUCGACGCUGGAUCAAUCAUCGGUAUCGUCGUUGGUGCUUUGGUACUGAUUCUCAUCGUGUUCCUGGUGAUUUUCGCUCGAGCAACCGGUCGCUGGUGCUUCGCAGGUAGUUCGACGACUAGGAACCUUGGCGAGUCAAAGUUGCUAGCAGAUCCAGGAGCAGCUGUUACUCUUCUACAUUUUGGAAAUUCGGAAACUACGAACAAUGCCAAAACGCGAAGUAGCGACACGGAAAGUGCAGGCAGAUAUUCAAGGACAGAAGUAGAUACUGCAUCUUCUGGACGAGGACGUAAACCAAAAAUCAGUAUUACUCAGCUAUUCAGACGUAACAAGGAUAAAGUAUCUGGUGCUGAUACGGAUACUAUGAGAACUGUCGUUACAGUUGACGACGAAAAGCUUCAACUAAGCGAACAACAACAACAACAACAACAACAACAACAACAAUCACCAACGCAAGAGAGUAGAAUAAAUCCAGCAAGUAGCGAAGGUGGAAUAGUUUAUGCCGAAUUGGAUCUAACUCAACAACAACAAGGUGGAACUCCGCGACGUUUGAACGAGGACAAAACCGAAUAUGCAGAGAUCUUAUAUACAAAACCAGAAACAGCUAAUGAGGAAACACCGGAUAAAUAAUCUCUCGUACAAAUUACGAUCGUUAAUAUUUCAACUCGUUAUACACAUAAAAUGAAAUGACAAAUCUUCUCUUCGUAUUAGUGUUGCUUAAUCUGAUCACGCGACGAUUUCGUGUACUUAUCAACAAAUUAACUUUAAGAGAGUAGCAGUUGGUCGUUAUCGCAUAUUUAGAUAGUAUACAAGGGUCGAAACAUUUUUUUAUUUUUUUAUCUUUAUUAAUUAUUAUUAUCAUUAUCAUUAUUAUUAUUAUUAUUAUUAAUAUUAUAUAUCCUUUUCUUUUUCUUUUUCGUUUGAUUAAACUUUCUCGAUCAUUUUUUUUCUCUUCUUUUUCUUCUUUUCAAUUAGUCUCUAGUCAUACUUAUUAAUGUCUCGAGUAUGCGAUCAUGAAAGAUCAUGAAUAAGAAGUAAAAAAGUAAAGAAAAAAAAUAUUGAAAUUAUUCUAAGACCAUAAUAGUAUGUAUAUACUAUCUAAAUAUUAUUCUAUGUAUUGUAUUCGAGCACAUAUGUACUUAACAGAGCACGAGAUGCUUUUUCUUUUUUCUUCUUUGUUUUUUAUUUUAAUGCUCUUCUUAGUUUAUCAUUGUUGUUCGAUCAAAGAAAAGAGAAAAGUGAAGAAAAAAAAGGAAAGGAGGAUUUGACUAAUCGUCUAUUUUUUAAACAAGAAAUCAUACUACUCUUUUGUAUGACGACGAUUCUUUUUUAUAUCGUAUUCGAGCAUAUAUGUACUUAAUUAAGCAGAAAAUGUUUUCCCUUUUCUCUUUGUUUUUUAUUGUAUUAAUCUUUUUAGUUUAUUAUCGUUGUUCGAUCAAAAGAAGAAAGAAAGGAAGGAGAGAACGAUUGGACCAAAUCAUGGUUCAAUUUCGAAACAAAAAAUCUCUUUUUUUUUUUCAGUGAAAUAAUAAUUACAUUAGUUAUAGGUACGUAGUAUUUUUUUGUAAUAAUAAUUUGUACAAAUCUGUUAAAAUCUGUCCAUGUCCGAACGUAAUAAUUUGUACUUACGUUAAAAAAAAAAAAGGAGAAAAUAA